CACUGCUUCGGUUGUCAUCUCUGACUUUUAACAAUUUUUGUAGUUUUCCGUGAACUUGAAGUGUUUGUUAAAGUUUGGAACAGAGUCAGUGUCGCUCUUGGCCGUUGUUUUUUUUUUUUUUUUUUUUGUUUUGAACGGGGAGGGGGUCCAUCAGCACUGUCAAUGGCGCCAGCACUCAUCGUCUUACUGUUCCUGACAGCAGUGAGAGCAAACUCUGGAGAAGUGGCCUACAAGGCAGAAGGUGACACAUGUUUCCUCACACCUGGCUCGACAAAGCCCAUCACCCACAUCAUGUGGAAACACGGCGCUGACAUCGCCUUGCAGUGGGAUGGCGAGGACACUUACACUUACCGCCAGUUUGAAGGUCGCAGUUCGCUGAAUACUUCAACUGGAGAGCUGGCCAUCAUAGGACUGACUCAAGACGACAGUGGCAACUACACAGCAGAGGUCAACGGUCAGGUCACCAGCACGACUCAGCUCCAGGUUAUCUCUCCUGUCUCUAAACCCUCCAUCUCCACAUGGUGUGACCCUCAGAUGACCUACUGUAUUUUAACCUGUGACGGCAACACCACAGCCGCUGAACCGAUCACCUGCAGCUGGCAGGCAGGCGACAAGGUGUUGACCUCAACCAACAAGUUGAAUAUAACAAAGGACACAAAGGAGCCACUGUUCAAGUGUGUGCUGACAAACCCAGUCAGCAGCAGUGAAAGUGAUGCAGUCCCCAACCCCCUCAGCACUAGGAACCGGAUGUUCACGUUGACCCUCCUCGUUCCAUUAGCAGUGAUUGUGUUGGUGUGUAUCCUGUAUUGCAUAUACAAACGCAUUAACGGGAGAGAAUCAGACGGGACAGCGGAAGAGAAAUCAGUCAUGUUGCAAAAUGUCCGAAGAGCGUCUCCCCAGGACCUGACGUCUGUUGUGUCCGAAGGAGCCAACAAAGUAGUAAAAAAGAAAUCAGUCAAGUUUCAAAAUGGCCAAAGAGCGUCUCCCCAGGACCUGACGUCUGUUGUGUCCGAAGGAGCCAACAAUGUCGCUGAGAACUCAGCAGUGAUGCCAAAUGGACGAGAAACCUCCGGCCGGGAGCCACCGGCAGACGCACAGCCGGCGGGCGUACAGGCGGGGGACAAACAGCCGGCGGGCUUACAGGCGGGGGACAAACAGCCGGCGGACGCACAGCCGGCGGGCGUACAGGCGGGGGACAAACAGCCGGCGGACGCACAGCCGGCGGGCGUACAGGCGGGGGACAAACAGCCGGCGGACGCACAGCCGGCGAACACACUACCAGUGGACGAUCAGCCGGCGGACGCCGCACCACCGGCGAACAAGGAGCAAAGCUGAAGUACUUCUGGCUACUUUUUGCAAACAGUUCAAGAGAUUCAGACCAAAUAAUUGAUCCUGUGUCAGUCAGUACAGUCUUAGAGUUUUCAUGUCUGUGUGUAACUGCAGCUCUAUGCAAACACGCGACAGCUGCUACAGUUUGUUCAGGAUUGUCCCAAAUUCUCACUACUGCACAGCUAUCGUUUGUACAUUUGUAGGUCAAAUUUCAAAAGGUCAUGUUUAUGAAGGCGUUGCAGCCCUUUUUGUGCCAUAAGCAGCCAAAUUGCAUUCAUCCUCAUUUACAAAAGGACCUGUUUGGUCUCAUGCAGUUUGUACUUUAAAGUUCUUGUUUAGAAGCUCAAAAUGUGGGAGGAAGCCAUAGACAUUUCUACAAAUAGCUGCUGAUUGAUCACAGCUGAAGCGGCACUUCAACGCUACUUUAGCGAAGCUGUCCUUUCAGGACCAGUGAAGCAGCCCGUCACAUUGUAUUGAAGAAGACGGCCAUUGUAAGCUGUGAUAUUAUCUGUAUUCAGAAAUAAUGUAGUCAAAGGAGUUAGUUCAAGUAUCCCACCAGAUGUUUGCGCCCAUGACGGCUCAGUAACUAUCUCAGGUACUUCGUUUAUUCAAGUUCUCGGUUAUUUUCAUCCUCCAAAGUUCUCUCUUCCAUUUCGUUUCCUGUGUGGUGCAUUUGGCUCGUUCAUGCUCCCUAAGCUACGGCCAGGGUGAAUCCAGGAUUCUGAUUGGCUGCAGGGUGUCCAUCAACUCAUGAUAAUGGACACCUAUCGAUAUAAUAAUAAUACAUGUUAUUUGUACAGCACCAUUCAUACAUGAAUUGCUGCUGAAAGUGCUUUACAACAAAGAAAUCACAUGCACCAAGUGCUUGACAUAGAAAAGACUGCGCAGGCAUAAACACAGAUAAAAAAUUCACAUAAAGUGAGAUUGAGAAUAAAUAAUAGUGACAAUGCAAAACAUGCACAUCAAAUGAAACCACUGAAUAGAAUAAUAAAAUCUGGGUAAACACGAGGCAAAGCACCAAAAGCUUCAGACCUGAACCAGGUGCUCACGGCUCAUUAAAGGUUAAAGUGAAGAGAUCAGUUUUUAGCUUUAUUUUGAAAAUGCUUUUGAGCUGCUUCCCUGAUAGCUACAGGGAGUUUGUUCCUGAUUUAUUUCAUCUGUUUCUGGAAACCUCGAAUAAACCAGCAGCAGAUAAUCGCAAUAACAAAGGGAGUUAGCAUUAAAGCUUGGUGCUAGCCAUUUGAGGCAUUUGUAUACAAGGAGGAGGACCUUAAAACUAACUAAAUGUUAUAGAAAGCCAGUGCAGAGCAGCUGAAUCUGCACUAAGGUGCUCUCUCCGCUCUUUUUUCUUUUAAUAAUGCGUUACAGUAAUCAAGGCAUGACUCAGUUUAAUAUUCCACAAGUUUGCUUCAGCGUAGCCGUCAAGGACCGAACACUGGGGGGGAUGAAAUCAAAUAGAGGGAAAGAAAAUCUGGGUGUCUCAUUACAACACAGGGUGUAGUUCUUCAUCUGAACACCACCAGAUGGAGACUGUGACACACAAGCUGCAGGAAGUAGACCGCCCCUCAGAACUUACUGCUGCUGUGUGUCACAAAAGUCAUCAUCUCACAUGUCAUUCGCUGCUCAGCUCGCCACUUCAGGCCGCGGCUGACAGGCCGAUCAUUUGUUCCUCAACAGCAUGGUGCUGAUUGUUUAGUGAAAAUAGGAAAAGUCCCUUUGAGGUGUUCAUCAUGAGGAACGAUGCCGCCACGUUGUGUUUGUUGCUGCAUGAAGGAACAGAAUGUUUUCUAAAUGGAAAGAUAGAACAGUGGCGGGAACUCACCACAUUAAUGGUCCUGAACGGGCAGCGAUGACCUGACGCGUGCCUUAGUAUUUUUGUACGUUUCUACGUGCUUUUAUAUCCUCAAUGUUAUGAUGAGAUGAUGAGAUCUGAUUUAUCGUGUCGUGUAUUUGACCUUUGCAAUCCAAAGCUGCCUUCAGGGAUCAGUGUUUUCUAUUCAUCUGCAGCACUUAGUGUUUUUUUUUUUUAAAUAAAAGGGAAAUCCUAAACAGAUCCCUAAACCAAAUCCAAGCACUUCCACAACUUCCUGCAGAUGCUGACUGUUGCAGAGUUGUUUGUUCUUGUGGGUGUUUAAUGAUUGAAAUGAGUUCUGAUGUUCCAUGUUAGCACUUUGGUCAGUGGAAGAGAACAACACUUUUUUUUUAUUUCAUGUUCUCGUGCAUUUUAUUCUGUUUUAGAUUUUGUUUGAUGCCUUUCCAGCUGCAGCCACAUGUGUUUUGCGGCUUCUUGUUGGUCUUGGACAGUUCCUCAUGUGUCCAGCAGAGGUCCUUACACCCAGUAGUACAUGAAUGUAUGAGUAGAAAGAGGGACGACACAUUGACUGUACGUAUACAACAGUGUUUUCAUUCCAGAGACACUUUAGAUGCAAUGAAUGCAAACAUCAAGAGAAUGGAUGCAGAAAAGGGGAACAUGCGAGUGGCAUAAACAAUAACAAUAUACUUUAUCGAUGCACAUGAGAAGAGAACAAAAGCCUCAAAAAAAACAACACUGUUAAGUCUUUAACUUUAAAGUUUUACUCAAAGUAAAAGUAUAUUUCAAGAUGUUCUGCCUUCACUUGUGCUCAGCUUUCAUGUCAUGCAUCUUUAUUGUACUUCCAUUUAUGUAUCUUGAUGCAUUAUUUAGUUUAUUUUAAGUUGCAUAACCGUCAUGUUUAUGAUAUUUAUAUUCAUUUGUCUUGUGAAAAGGUGUGCUGAUAUUUAUUUGGAAGUCGAAUGUACUGAUGCAGCUUUUCGUUGCUUUCGGUUUGUUUUAGUUAUUCGUAGUUGAGUGUUGCUGGACUGAACCGUCACUAAAGUUGGGUCCUAAAUUUAAAAUAUCAUGUUGCUGUAAGACUGAUUUCAGAUGGAGUUACUGUCACAAUGUCAGGUGGCUCUUACAUCAUCUCAGCUGAGUUUACAACAUGACAAAAGUGACUCCGCACCUGCAGCACAGGUGGACUGUGGUGCAUUGCGAUCAUAUAACAGCAUGGACGAGCCAGAGGCCUUGUCUCACCUACAGGCAGCUGCAGUAUUGUCUGUUUACACUGUGACCCCCUGAGAAAUCAGCUGCUGUUCUACAUGCUCUGUGGAGCAGAUAGUGAACUGGACUGGAGAGUCUGUGUCUUCAAACUGUGGUUUUGCAGAUUAAACUGAAUAAAUGACUGCUCAU